AUGGAUAACCACCCCCGACGUUCAGCCAUUCCUAGCUCUUCGGGUCUUCCUAAUCAGGAAGAUACCACUGGCUUCACUAACGAGCCCACCGGUGCCAGCCAGCACAUUGGUUCCAAUGAGUCUGCCAGUACCAAUGAACCUGUCGCCGCCAAUGAGCCUGCCGGUACCAACGCUCCUCUCGAGUCUGGACCCUCGCAUUGGGCCUCUGAUACUACCCUUGAAGUUCUCCAGACGAACCUGGAAGCUGACACUGAGUCUAACUCUGAUGAAGAUGGCGAAGUGCGUGUGCACCCCGAUUUCUAUGUCCAUCUAGCAAGAUUGCAAAGAAUCAACGAAGCCAAUCGAGUGAAUGCGCGCAGAGAAGUUGAAGCCCAGUAUCAAGCUUCUCAAUCUUCUCGUGUGCUCAACGAAUCCCAGAAUCAAGCUUCUCACAUGCUCAAUGAAUUCCAGCAUCAAGUUUCUCGCAUGCUCAACCAGUCCCAGCACGAAGCCUCUAUGAUGCUCAAUGAGACCCAACAUCAAGUCUCCCAAAUGCUCAAUGAGUCCCAGAAUCAAGCUUCUCGCAUCCUCACUCAGUCCCAGCGUGAAGCUUCUCAGAUUCUUAACGACCCCCGGCGUGGAAGUUCGCAAUCUGCCAACCAACCCUUACAUUAUGCCAGUGCUGAACGUGGAUCGCAGCCAUGGGCAAUGGGCAUGCCUGCGCGAUUUGAAACCCAACCUUCCAUUUCAGCCGGACCAUUCGAGCCAAUUCCACAUGCUCGUUUCGAUACACCUGAUCCCACGGGUGCUGCUCAUCCUGGAGACCACUCUUCUCACAACCGACCUCCCUCUCCUUACCCAAUGAUAACCCAGCGCCGAUCUUCUGCUGAUCCAAGUCCUUUGUCGAAUCCUCCUCUGAUAGCACCUCCUAUGGUAGCACCUCCCAUGACAGCCCCUCAACCACCCCGGUACACAGAAUAUGGCAACCCUUACACACUCGCACGCGAGCCAGAUCUGAUGCCUGAAGGUGCCAUUGCUUAUGCCCCAGACCGCAUGCUUCAAGCAUGGCUCCUCCGCGCGCAGCUUAUUGCCGGCGUCCGUCCUGAAAACCUUCAGCCCAUGUCAAACCCACAAAAUUUGCGGUUCCGAACACCUCCUUGGAUCAUGAUGAAUGAAAAUGGUGCCUAUAUCGUCAGAAUGGAGCCUGCCAGAUUCCACGGUGUCAUGCUUCCAAUGCCCGACCUUCCUUGGUUCCCGCGGCGCGCAAAUCCUAACUCAUCCACUGCGCUUGCUUCGUCUAAUGCUCCUGAUGCUUCGAGUUUGCCAAUUGCAUCAAACGCCGCGACUGCUCCAAGUUUCGCUAGUACUCAAAACUCGCCGGUUGGCCAUGAAUUGUCUGCUCCAACUUCAUCCGAUGCAGACUUGCCGGUUGAUACAGAUCUCUCGACUGCCGUGGAGUCGUUGUUUGCUCCACCCGUUCGACCUCCUCAGAUCCGGUCGGCUAUUCCACGCCAAUUUCGUUCCGACCCUCUGUACUCGCCGUUUCACCCAGGCAUCUCGGCUCCUCCAAAUACACCGGCUGGGCCCAAUUUGUCGACCCCAGAGUCAUCGGCCGCCUCCUCCGAGGCCGUCAAUGGCAAUGGCAAUGGCAAUGGGGUGGUUCCCCACGGAGUCACCUGGUCGGAGCCAGAGGACUCCGAGGAGGACCCCGAGGAGCUGGUCUCGCCCCGUCUCCGCCGUUUCCUUCUCGACGGGGCGGACGACUAG